UGUUUCAGUAUUUAGUACGACCCGAUAUUGUCACUGUGUUAGAAGGCCUACUGAGUAGCAAUAUUGAUUAGUAGAUCUUCGAAGUCAAAAUUUGUUGUAAUUGUUUUUACUAGGUUGAUUAAUUGCGUGGCGUUUUUCGUGUUUAAUAUUAUACCAGCAUCAACUGUUCGUAUUUUAUACUUUCUAGUGUAGGAACUAGCAGUAGUUAAGACUCGGACGUAAUUAGAACUAGAACUGUGUGGAACUGGAACGUAAAAAAGCUUGACUAACGUUAGGGCUAACGAUGGAAAUCUUGGGAGGAACUAUUCAAAGUGCUUCUGGUGGUUCUAGCACAGUUAUAGAUGGUAAUUCAUCUUCAUCUGGAAUACCAAUUAUGCCUGCUGCUUCUAUCACUACAAGCCAAGGAAAUGCAUCGUUAUUACCAUCUAGUGGUGCAACAGGAGGAGCAGUUUCUAGUAGCUCAGCAGCAGCUUCUACUGUAGAUACAAAGACAGCAGGACAACCUUUAUUAGAUUUCAUGCUUCAACUUGAAGAUUAUACACCAACGGUUCCUGAUGCUGUUACCUCGUACUAUCUGAAUACAGCAGGACUGGAUACAUCUGAUCCUCGCAUCGUACGUCUCAUAUCUCUGGCGGCCCAAAAGUUUAUUUCUGAUAUAGCCAAUGAUGCCUUACAACACUGUAAGAUGAGAGGAGCAGGACAAAGUAAGAAGACAAGCAAGGACAAACGUUACACUCUUACAAUGGAAGACCUAAAUCCAGCUCUUAUGGAAUAUGGAAUUCAUAUUAAGAAGCCUCAUUAUUUUGUUUGAUCCCUCACAUAUGACAUUAUGAUGGUUAUGUAUUGAUAGUUUUACUGGUCUAAGAUUGUUACAAGACUGAAAAAAAUUGUGUAAGAACAUUUUUGGGUCAUAAAAGCAGUUUUUAUACAAAAAACCAAAACUGAUCUCUCUGUUGAUAGUGUUUAUGUUGGCAGACAUGUUUGUUUAAAAACAUUUCUUGUGAAAUAGAAUUAUUAAACAUUUCAACCAUCAUGUCAUAGCUCUUUUUCUCAUCUUGUCUUAGGCCAAAUAAAAAAUAGUUGUAGUUUCUGUUA